AUGCAGACCUUCAUUCAAUUGCUGGCGCUUGCCAGUGCCGCAAAUGCAGCCUCUCUAUCCGAUGUCAAGCAUGUCAUCAUGUUGAUGAUGGAAAACCGUUCCUUCCAGCACUACUUCGGAACCAUGUCCGGCGUUCGUGGCUUUGCCGACCCUAAUGUUCAAGUUAAUGCCGAUGGAAAAUCUGUGUGGUAUCAGCCUGUCGGCGACUUGACCAAUGAGACCGAUUAUCUGCUCCCCUACUGGCUGAACUACCUUGGAGGUGAGGAGAACUACAACAAGAGCCAAUGUCUCUGUGCCGGUCCCAACAACUGGAUUCCCACCCACCAGUCCUUCAACGGCGGCCUGAACAAUAUGUGGGCCCAAAUCUCCACUCCUCAGUCCUGGGGUUACUUCAAGCGUCAAGAUAUCCCAUACCACUUUGCUCUGGCCGAGGCCUAUACUGUCGGAGAUGCUUACCACGCGAGCAUUGCUUCCAACACCGAUCCCAACAGAUGGUUCUGGCAAUCUGGCUCCAUCAACGUUCCAGGAGGCCCUCAAGAACUCGGAGCCGGAGGUGUCGUCCUCGAUGACCAGCAGGCUAACACCUGCUCCGGACCUAACCUCGACUGUCUUCCCCUCAAGUGGCCUGCUUUUGCUCAAUACCUUGAUGAAGCAGGUGUCGACUGGCGCUCGUACCAAAACUCUUACAACUGGGCCACCAACAACGGCCUGUUCUACUUCGAAGCCUUCCAGCAGGCAGCGAAAAACUCCAGCUUGUAUCAGCGCGGUCUUGCGUUUGACGGUGACAAUGGACUAGAUGCUUUCAAGGCUGCUGCUGCCAAUGGAACUCUUCCUGAGGUUAGCUGGGUUUUCCCUCCUGGAGCAUUGCAGGAACAUUCCCCCAAUACCCCCAAUGACGGCGCAUACUUCAUCAACCAAGUUGUCGAUGCUGCCAUUCAUGGCCCGAACUAUGACGGAACCGUUAUUCUCCUCAACUACGAUGAGGGCGGUGGCUGGGGUGAUGCUGUCCUUCCUCUCAUUUCCCCCAAUGGCACAGCUGGUGAAUGGUUUGAAGAUCCGUAUGGCGAGUUAGGUUACACUUUCUCCGGUCCUGGUCUUCGUAUUCCUCUUUUUAUUAUCUCUCCCUUCACUCGUGGUGGCUACGUCUUCACUGAACGUGGUGAUCACUCUUCCAUCAUUCAGUUCAUUGAGCAAUACCUCACUGCGAAGGGAUAUCAAAACAUCACCACCCCCCAGUUGGACGACUGGCGUCGUGAGCAUAUGUCCGAUCUCCUCAAUGCAUUUGACUUUGAAAAUCCUGACUACAGUAUUCCCGAUCUCCCUGUGCCCAAGACCCCAAUUGCCAACUCCGACGGUGAACUCAUUGGCAUGUAUAGCGGAUUCUGCGAGAUCGAAUGGACAGGCUCGUGCUCUGGUUCCGAGUACGUCUCUGGUAUCCCCUACGGCAACCAAACCGAAGAAGACUCUCUCUACUUUGAAGACGGCUACAAAACCAUGCGCGGCUAUAUGACCGAGGGUCACUACGUGGUCUUUGAGCGCAAGGGCUAUGGUCUCGCCAACCUAGGUUCCAAAAGUGACUCAUUAAGCACAAAUCGUGCUGUCUCCACCCAUAACGAUCCCUCCCAACGAUGGGUUCUCCAUGCCCUUACCGAGGAGGGCACUACUUUCCACAUUACCAGUGCCCUUGAUCAACGGUAUCUUGCCACUGAAGGAACAUUGACGACUUCCUCCAGCAGUGCUGAGACCUUCAACAUUACCUACCUCGGCAGUGGGGAGUAUUCUCUUCAAGCUUCGAACGGUAAAUAUCUGCGAAUCAAUGGUUCUGGCAAGAUCCGCUACUCCAAGAAGCCAGUUGGCUUCAGUGCGUACAGUGUCACCUAUCACAACUAG